CUCAGCUGGCUGCAGGCGGUGUCUUUAGGUUCCUGCAGUGUUGUGGUUAAAACAAACAAAACAAACAAAAAAAACAAUAGAAGAGCAGAGAAGCAAACCCCUGUCGAUGGGAAGAAGCCUUCAGCAACACAGACACUGUUAAUCACUCAGGGCCAUUGUGGUCCUGUCCUGUAAACGGCGCCAGUGCGGGCGGGCAGACAAGAAAAAGAAGAGGAGAGCGAGAGGAGGAGGGAGAGAGGGGGCAGGGUGGCUGCAGGCGGAAAGAGGGGAAGAGAAUGGUUGGGGAGCAGCCUGUAUGCCCACCCCAGCUCCUGCUGCGGGGCUGGGGGACAGUGCUGCUGUCUCAGUGCUGGUCCUCCGUGUCCUCCCAGGUCCCGGAUCCUGAGCUCUUACCCACAGAACCCCCGAAGAAGCCAGACCCCGUCACUUCAGAGACCGUUGUUUUCUGGGGGCUGCGGCUAUGGCAGGUCAUCGGCAUCUUUUCAGUGUUUGUUUUGGCGGUUGUUAUCACUCUGUGUUGUAUAUUCAAAUGCCGAAUCCCGAGAACCAAAAAGGAAAUAGAGGCACGACACGCACAAAGACAGGCUGCCAAGAAAUACGCCAACACUUUAGAGACAGUGCCACCGCUGAACGAGCUGACCGAGAUCCCCGGAUCUGCGAAAGCAGAGGAAAAGGAGGAGGUAACCACAGUCUCCGGCAAAGUGGACGGCGAGAAAGGAGAGAAGAAGCCCAAGGAGGGCAAGAAAGAGGGCAAGAGUGCCAAAGAAGGGAAAGGAGAUGAAAAGGAUGAACCAACAAAGAAGAAGGGGGAGAAGGGGGAAAAGGGGGAGAAAGGUGAAAAGGGAGCGUCCAAAAAAGACACGGAGGGAAAAGGGAAGAAACCUGCAGAGAAGGGAGACAAAGGGGAGAAAGGAGAAAAAGGUGGCAAAGGAGGGGCUAAAGGGGGGGCCAAAAAAGCUCAAAAGUGAACUCUGCCUCGCUGUGAACAUAAAAAAAAAAGACAAUUUCCUUAUUUUUGCCCCCUGCAAACAUUUGGAGCACAUUUUUUUUUCUAAUUUGUACAAAA